AGAGCGACGAGUCUCGGAGUCUCAGUGUGGGAGCAAGAUGGCAGCGCAGGCAGGAGAGAAGCGUGGUCUGGAGCAUUUAGACCAAUAUGAACCGCGAGCAGCUAAACAGAAGCGCAGCAUCCACGAUAAGAUGGCAGAGAAGCGCCUGGUGGUGGUUUUAGAAGGAGCUUCUCUGGAAACUGUGAAGGUUGGUAAGACAUUUGAGCUGCUGAACUGUGACCAGCACAAGAAUAUGAUAAUAAAGAGUGGACGGGACCCUGGUCAUGUUCGCCCAGAUAUCACACAUCAGUGCCUACUGAUGUUGAUGGACAGUCCGUUAAACAGAGCAGGACUGCUGCAGGUGUACAUUCACACAGAGAAGAACGCUCUGAUUGAGAUCAAUCCUCAGACUAGAAUUCCUCGCACCUUCCCUCGUUUCUGUGGCCUUAUGGUUCAACUUCUUCAUAAGCUAAGUGUUAGAGCAGCUGAUGGUCCACAGCGCUUGCUGAGGUUGAUCAAAAACCCAGUUUCAGACCACCUGCCACCAGGGUGCCCACGGUUUGGCACUUCUUUCAAAGCUGGAGAAGCAGUCUGCCCCCGAUCCAUUGUUCCUAAGGAUGGUCCUGCUGCUGUUGUUAUAGGGGCAUUUGCACAUGGAGCAGUGAAUGUGGACUACACAGAGCAGAGCGUGUCCAUCAGUAACUACCCUCUGUCUGCUGCUCUCACAUGCGCCAAAAUGUGCUCUGCCUUUGAAGAGGUCUGGGGAGUGUUGUGACCAAAAGAGAACGGAAACAGGAAUUGGACUUUGGGAUAAAGUGCGUGUCCAAACACACAUGCAGUGUAAAGAGUUUUUCUUAUUAUUCUUGUGCUGGUGUUACAUUUGAGAACAGUACAUUUGUAACACUCCAACACGGAUGCAGACGUCGGCUUUCUGUGGCUGUCUCACAGAAUUUUUGUAUCUUUAUAAAUAAGUGUAAGAUUUUUGUCCAUGUUUAAAGAUGAAAUAUUUUCAUUGUACGAAUAAACCUUAAAUUGAAGGUUUUCAAUAUUCAAA